GCAGUAUUUUCGAAAAUGUACACGAUCUUUGUGGAACUAGUUUACCACGCGGAUGGAUAUAUGUGCGCUUCUCACGAUCACAACCAAAACAAACAGCGAGCGACUGCACUCGCCGAGCGAGUUUCACUGAAGAAGGUCGCCAGACUGUGCGCUAGCCGGACACAUUACAAUUUCAAAAUGCCUAGCAAAGACGAGCUGUGUUUCCUAUCUGAGGCAAAGGCAACUACCACGCAAGAUUUUUUAUCGAGAGACAUUGAUGAUUUAGUGUUAGAAAUUAAGGAAAACUUGAGAUUAAAAUCUCGACCGGCACACUUAAGUAGCGGGAAGGCAAGGACCCGAGCGUCUCCAUACAGUGUCCCUUCCCGGACUGAGAGCAAAUGUGGGUGUUGUGAUGGCCGUCGUUGUAUUCGUCGGGGGCUUGCAGCGAGAAGAAGUUCCGACGAUCCAUACGAAGCGCUACAAGAAUUAUUGAAGGAUGGUGACCUUAUUAAGGAGGCGGUCCGGAGGCUGCAGCUUGGACUCUCUCCUAAACAGCGGGUGUAUUACGACUCUGACGAUGAGCUCAGAACACCGCCUUACCCCUUUGACCAUAUAGAAGUUUGAUUGAGUCUAAUUUCUAGUGCUGCCCCGUCUCCCCCGUCUUUGGACCACGUAGGCGUGUACCAGCCAUCACAGUGUGUUACCAAUAACGCCAAGUCUCUCGUGUGAUCUUGUGUGGAAUGCCUCUCGAGAAGCCGGAUCCUGCUGUGGUCGUGAAUUGAGCAAGCUUAGUGCUGUUCACGCCAACCCAACAACGUCACGCUACACCUGACGAUGGAGUACUGUGGUGUCUGUGGUCCUAUCCAACCAUUAUCUAGUGAGAGCUCAGCCUAACUCUCGCAUGUACUGCUGCCGUUCUGUCUAUCCCAGGACCAUCUCCACUACAAAGGAAUUUAGUACAAAAGAGCUUGAUAUGUAUUAAAUUAGUGAUUCCUAUACGGUACGUGUGAGUGUUUCAACUUGUCCAUCGAACGCAUUCUUCAUGACCCGAAUGCUUCCCGUCCAAAGCGCAGAAAUACUCUUUGUCAACAGUAGAAAGCCUAGUUGAUUUAAGUGUGUGUGACGGUAUCAGUUCUCCACGGUGAAGGAAGAAGUCGCAGCAGUUUUAAACCAGCAAUAGGAAGUAGUGGCGACCACAACAGUGUGUACUACUGUAACAGAUACCCGGCUUCCCUGGAGGUCUCACGUCAGGGAUGGAGCAGAAGCUGGUUGUGGUGACCAAAUGUACGGGGGUUACCGUUAACUUACAAGUUCUCUGAUCUCAGUGUGUGCUUGUCAAUAGACGGAUCUGAUGCUAUUUUCCCGAACAUUAGUAUUUUAACUUCUAAAUAAACCUUGAAGUUAGUGUGAUCAAAACUGUGCGGUGUUAGUAGCUAUAGGAGAAAAAAAAAGACCUCAACAAAUUGUUCGUUUCCGAUGCCGUGGUAUAAGGUGUUAAUUACUAAUUUACAUUCAUAUGAAAGUGCAUUUAAAUGGAAAAGUAAAGUAAAUGCCAAGUUGUAUUUCAAAUCUUGUAAAAGUGCAUUGACCAUUUUUUGUGAAAUCGUCAAUUAUGAUUUGCAUUGGAAUAGUUUUAUUUAUUAUGGAUUGAUGUCAGAUACGAACGAAAAAUUGAGUAUACAAAGUUCCACUGCUAGUACAAAUAUCCCCACUUUACUGUUUCAGAGCUCAGGUUUCGGUUACUGUUUCUUUUAAGUUUACUGUUUACAUCACAUUGUAAUGUUAGUCUUUGUGGUACAAAAUCAAACCACUAAAGUACCUAACUGAAUAUUGCUCAUAUUGUUCUCCCAACACUGUUGUAAGGGGGCACUGUUAUAUAAUGCAUUUGUGUGGGCUGUGCAAGCUGGCAGCGAUUGUCAAUAACUUAGGCUAGUGAAAUCUACAAGUGGAUGGUAUGUUAGAGGCGGUCAUGACUUCCCUCAGAAGUGUGACUCGACGUGGCCAAGAUCAAUAGCUGUACAGUCAGCUUGCUAAAGGAACAACGCUCACCCCACACACUCGUGCUCCUGACGUUGUUAGGGCGGCCUCGUUGUCAUGGAAGCUCAUUGUAUAAUAACAAUGCAUUGUACCCAUUAUUGCAAUAGUACCCCCACUUCAGGAACUACAUUGUAUUACGUUUUCUAAAUACUUGUUCUAAUUUUCAUUGUAUUUAUUGUAUGUAAACUUGAGCUCAGAUUUUGGAACUUCAGCUGUAUGUAGUGAAUCCCAGUUUGUACAAAUAAUUUGUCAAUUCCAUCGACAAAUGGGAGUAUUUUGUGAAUGAAUGUAACGACAUAAGUCAUUGUUGGUCUGAAUGAUCUUCCUCAAUGUUAUAGAUACACGUGUAGUCACUCUUCAUAUUCUGUUAUCCUGAAUUAAAUGUGAUAUGUAUUUAUUAAGUCACCUUUUGAAAUAUGUUUACCUAGUGUACAUAGGCACUGUUAAAACGCUUAGGUCAUUGUACAUAACUCACAUCUAGAUCAUUGUCUAAAAGUGCAUGUUUUAGUGCAUUUAAACAACAUAGUUUCUGUAACUGAAAAGACACUGAUGUGUAUUUGUAAUAAACAGACAAAGUGUA